AUGAAUAAAAAUGUGAAAAAUGUAAGAGUAGAUAGAAUUGCAAAUUUAAUCCAAGAGUAUGACAUUGAACAAGUUAUACACAUCAAAGGUCGUGAAAAUUGCCUGGCCGAUUAUUUAUCCAGAUAUCCAGGAGUAGAAGAUGAUGAAUUAAAUGAUAUCGAAUAUGGGCUUGAAAAACAAAUGUUCAGUACAAUGAAAACAACUAUGAUUUUAAUUCGGAUCCUGAUUCGUUCAUUACAGCUGGAAACAGCGCGUGAAACUAACUCCGAACUGAGUGAAGGAAAUGUACAAAAAUCUGAUGAUGAAGGAGAAGAACCAAUUCCACAAAUUAUACCAAAAAACUUCUCUUCUAAGCAUUUUGAUAUAACUAUUUUAAAAACUGAACAACAGCAUGAUCCAGCUAUUCAACAAAUAAUUCAAAAUUUAAAUAAUCACCCAGAUUUCACCAUGAAAGACGGAAUUAUAUAUAAAUUAUUGAAUAGAAUACACAAUACUGGAACCAAAACACAAAUUGUGUAUCUACCUACGUCAAUGAUCAAACCAUUACUCUAUGCAGUUCAUAAUGAUCCAAUGACUGGUGGUCAUUUUUCAACUGACAGAACAUUUGAUAAAAUAAAAAAUAAAUUUUGGUGGCCGAACAUGAAAAAUUCCAUCUCAUUACAUGUCCAGGCUUGUCUAGAAUGCCAAGUACACAAUAUCAAUCGUCAAAAACGUUUCUGUAAAUUUCUGUAA